AUGAAGCCUUUUGCUCUGUUAGAAGAGCUCUGGUACCACAGUCCUGAAGUUUAUAAAAUAUCAAUUAUAUUUCCGAAUCAAGAUAAAUAUGAUGGCGAUUGUACAAGGACAUCUGAUGGAGCUCUUGAGAGGAAUGGCUAUGGUGUUCAUACCACUCCAGAUGGAGUUAUUUACCAAGGAAGCUGGAAGAAUGAUAAGAUGAAUGGUUUAGGAAGGCUGGAACAUCCUUCGGGUGCAGUGUAUGAAGGUGAAUUUAAGAACAAUAUGUUCCACGGAAUAGGAACCUAUAUAUUUCCCAAUGGAGCCAAGUAUACUGGACAGUUCAGUGAAAACAAGCUGGAGGGGAAGGGAGAAUUUACAGAUACACAGGGCCUGGAAUGGGAUGGCACAUUUCAUUACACAGCAGCACCAGGGCUGAAGUUAAAGCUGGAAAUGUAAGAUUGCUUUGGGACCAUCUUCUCAGAAUGUUCCUCUUGUUCCAGUGAUGUGCCACCACUAUCAACAAUACUAUAAAUUACUUUUCAGGUUUGCUUGUCCUGUCCUAUUCCUUGCUGUUCCCUCCAGUCCCUGGGAUUAAAAUGUUUAUUGCAAGCCCUCUCUGACACCACCUGUAACCAUGCAACAAGUACUUUUCCUUUUGAUUAAUGGAGAGGAAAGGCUUCUUUUUUGACAAAUAUCAAUAUCAGCAAAGCAGUUUUUGGGAGUAGUCUGUUAUCAACCUAAACAAGAAGCUAUGGGUCUCUGGAUCAAAUGUAUACAAAUACCAUUUAAGGAAGGGAAAUGAAUCAUUUUGCAAACAAAAAAUAAACAUCUAUUAGUAUUUGUUUAUGAGUACAAA